UUGCGGAAGUGGUGUCGUUUGGCCCAUCGACCGACUCUGACACGCAAUCACCGGUCAUCACGGCGCUUUGCUGUACCGUACCGGUGUUGGUUUAUGUUCGGCCGUUUGUUUGCUAACGUGUCUCAGAGGGUGCCGAUCUUGUUGAACCGGGUGUCGCUGAUAAUGAAGCCGCAGGUUGUGUUCGUUCUGGGCGGGCCUGGCGCCGGCAAAGGGACCCAGUGCUCCAAAAUCGUGGAGAGCUACAACUACACUCAUCUGUCAGCCGGGGAUUUGCUCAGGGCAGAGCGAGCUAGAGAAGGUUCGGAGUUCGGACAGCUCAUCUCUAACUACAUCAAGGAAGGAAAAAUCGUCCCUGUGGAGAUUACCAUCAACCUACUCAGGAAGGCCAUGGAGGAGACCAUGCAGCAAGACGAGAAAAAGUACCGUUUCCUCAUAGACGGUUUCCCCCGUAACGAGGACAACCUGCAGGGCUGGAGCCGAGUCAUGGAUGGCAAAGCAGAUGUCAAAUUUGUGCUUUUCUUUGACUGUGGCAAUGAGGUCUGUAUCAACAGAUGUCUAGAAAGAGGGAAGAGCAGUGGACGCACAGACGACAACAGAGAGAGCUUGGAGAAAAGAAUUCAAACCUAUCUGCAGUCUACACGACCAAUCAUUGAGCUGUAUGAGAAACACGGCAAGGUGCACACUAUAGACGCCUCUCGCUCUGUGGAUGAGGUGUUUGCUGAUGUGAAAGCCAUCCUAGACAAAGAAGGCUGAGCUUCUCCGGCCACCAGCAACAUUCAUUUACAUUUUACUUUUCUUUUUAUCAGCCGCAACUAUACUUCUAAUACAUUUAAAUGUCCAUUUGUAUGAGUUUUUAUGUUGUUAUUUUUGAUUCUCAUGACUUUUGUAAAUGCCCCACUGUUUGUGAAUGUGUACAUGACGUGUGUUUGUCUGGAUGGGAAGGUAAAGAUGCCAAAAGCAGCCUCUUGUGUUCAUGUAGGUCAUGUUCUGAAGCGCCCACAGCUCUUUAUCAAUCAUCAAUAGUCUGAGGCCUUUGUGUUGGAGCUAAACGUAUCUCUGCUUAGAGACUCUUGUUAAAAACACUUAAAGUAAAAAUGGUGUUCUAUCACUAAUGUCUUCAGAGUAUAAUGUGAUGCGAAGCAGCCCUCGUGCUUCAGACCAAAUAGAUGUGUGACCUGGUGACAAGGACCGAGUUCAAUCUUCACAGAACAGACGAUAAAUAACAUGUCUGGCAUCUGAAUAAAAUGAUUACAACAUCCGUCUCAUGUUUAAAGGAAAAGCACUACUACUUGGUUUUUAUGCCAUGAAGAAGCAGCUCAUGUUUCUGGGAUAUCUUUGAAGAUAAAUAUUUCACGGGUGCAGAACAGCUGUCACGCCUGGGACUAUUUACAACUCGAGUUGAAAAAGAACUUUUAGGUAAUAAUAUAUGUUCAUUCAGGAGGAUGCGUAAAGCAGAAGUGUAUUUUUCCCACUCUUUUGUACAGCAUGACAUGAGUUGGUGAGAAACAUUUGGCUCAUUUAAGCACAACUACAGUAUUCAUGAAUGAAUACAGCUUCACAUCGAUUGUAGAUUUGAACCUGAUCAUCCAGCAGGGGGCGCUGAAAACAGCAUAAUACCGUAAGAGAUCAACUUCAGCAGCUUUCACUGUUUAAUUAAACAAGAAAUGAGGAAUCUAAAGAUACUUCAAACAAAUCUGUGCUGAUCCAUUUAUUUUUGUUUUAUACUUAUUUAAAUUUUUACAUUAAUAUAAACAGCACUGUGUAAAGGUUUUGAUCAGACAUUUAUUUUAAAAUAAUUUACUUCCAAGCAGCUAGACUAUUGUAAUAUUUGUUGCAUGUCGUCUUCAGCGACAUCUUUAAAAUUAAAAAUUUGUCUUUGGACAUAG